AUGUUUAAAAUUUUUGCAUCGAAAGCACAAACAUUCAAACCCAAGAAAUCAAUUAAAAAGGGUACCAAACAAUAUGAAUUACAUCAAAAAAUAAAAGAAACUCUUGGAUCAGGUGACCUAAGAGAUGCAAUCAAAUUACCACCCAAUGAAACUUUACAUGAGUGGUUAGCUGUAAAUACUAUAGACUUUUUCAAUCAAGCUAAUCUGUUGUAUGGAUCGAUCACAGAGUUUUGUACAACUAAAGUGUGUCCAGUGAUGUCUGCCGGACCACAAUACGAAUUCUUGUGGGCAGACGGCAAAGACAUAAAGAAACCUGUUAGAGUGGCUGCACCUGUGUACAUCGAUUAUCUGAUGACUUGGAUACAAAACACUUUGGAGGAUGAAGAGAUAUUCCCAUUGAAACAAGAGGUUGAAAUGCCAAAGAAUUUCUUACCGACCGUAAAGACUAUUUUUAAGAGAUUGUUUAGAGUGUACGCACAUAUUUAUUAUUCACACAUGGAUAGAGUAGGUCCAUUAGGAGUUGAAGCUCAUUUAAAUACUUGUUUUAGACACUUUUAUUUAUUUAUCAAAGAAUUCAAUUUGGUAGAUAAGAAAGAGAUGGCACCAUUACAACAUCUAAUCGAUAAGAUAAAUGGUAGAAAAGAUUAA